AUGCAUAUCGAUGACUGAAAUGGACAUCCCUAAAUCAUGGCGUCUGUCUCGCCUGUACACAAGCCAAUAAAUUUGUUUUUACAUUUAUUUUCGUACAUUCACGUGUUAUUUUGGCUCAAUUUGAGCGCAACACACGCAAUAGCUGCAUAGAGAAGCGUUCAGCAUAAAAUGGGCUCCUCCAAGAAGCACAAAAAGCACAAAUCGGAACGGCGCGAAAAAUAUGAAGAAUAUAGCCAACAUCAGGAUCCCGGACAGUUGCAGCGUGGGCUGAAGCUCAUACUGAAGGUGGGCUCCAAUGCCACGCCCGAGUACAGCGCCAAUUCCCCCCUCACCGCCCUCACCACGUUGGAAGGCCGUGGACCGCCGACGGCUGCGGAGGCAAUGAUGUCCAGUCCGACGGUGCCCGAAGAGCUGCAAUGUGGGGAACAGGACGAGCACGGACAUCGGGAGCGUCACAAGAAGUCCAAGAAGAAGAAAAAGAAGAAGGAUCGUGAGAAGAAGCACAAGCAUCACAAGGAGAAACGACAUCGCGACAGUCGCGACAGACAACGUGAUAAAUGCUCCGAGGAGCAACUGAACGUUGAGUUGACAGCUGCUCCGGAUGGUGCCGCUUACUCACGGACUCAAGCGGUUGCCGAUCCCGAUUGCAGUCAGGAUGGUUUCAGCUUUAUGGACGAGGCGGAGGAGCAAUCACAAUCACAGCCGCUGCCCGAGAAUAUCCUAUACUACGCCGGCAUUACAACCGACAAUUCACCUUCCCAUUGUCCGGUUACCAAGCCCAUAGUGCCACGCAAGCUGGACGAGAUGCUCGGCUCACCCACGUGCUCGACGGGCACAGCAGGCGCCAGUCCCACCAAGCCCUUAACUGAUCUGCUUAUACCAUCGCCUUCUGGCUCAACGGCUGCAUCCACGCCGGGUGGUGCUGGCUCCUCAAAUGCCAUGACACCUAAGGCUUUGGAGGCACCCAAGACUCCCAGCAGCAGCAGUGAAUCCGGUCGAGAGCCGCGUAGAUGUGUGCUGAAGCUGAAGCAACAGAAAUCACCGCUGAACAAGCUAUUGGAGCAUCUGCUACGCUUUCUGGAGAAACGGGAUCCGCAUCAGUUUUUUGCCUGGCCCGUCACCGAUGACAUUGCUCCGGGUUACUCCUCGACCAUCAGCAAACCCAUGGACUUCCUGACAAUGCGCCAAAAGAUCGAUGAUCAUGAAUAUGCAACACUUGGUGAAUUCAGUGAUGAUUUCAAGCUAAUCUGCGAGAAUGCCAUGCGUUACAAUCGCGUGGAUACAGUGUACCAUAAGGCAGCCAAAAGGCUGCUCCAGAUAGGAAUGAAGCAGCUGCUGCCGGAAAAUCUAAUGCGCACCUUGAAGCCACUUUCCGGCUACAUACGUGAGCUGACCGCCAAGGAGUUGGGCUUUGAGUUCAGCUCCAAUGAGCUGGCUGGCUAUGAUCCGCAUGAUUCGGCGGAUGAGGGUGCCUUGACUGGAGCGGAAGAGCCUACGCCUGCACAGCUGGAGGAGGAGGAACGUAAGCGGGUAUUGCGCUUGGAGAAUGCACCAAAGACACACUUUGAGCCCUAUGUGGAUGAUCUGACAAGCGAGGAGAUCCUGGCUCAGGUGCAGGGAGCCGCACAGCAGGCCAAGCAACGUGUCAGCGCCAAGCAGCGAGCACAUAAAAUGGGUUUCCUGAGGCAGCACAAGGAUGGCAGCACCACACUUAAUCUGCUCAUUCGGGAUGAGAAUGAGGGACCCGAAAAGGUGGUAACCAUCGGUGAUUUGGUGGGUAAACUGCCUGCGGGCAGUGGUCAGUUACCCGGCAUACACACGGAUCAGCGCAACUGCGUCAAGUUGGUCAAGCCCAUGAAUUAUGGACCAUUUGCCAGCUUUGCUCCCACCUUCGAUUCACGUUUCUCCACGCUGAGCGCCGAGGAGACGCAACUUGUGCUGCACACCUACGGGGAUGCCUCCAGUGCGGAGUAUGCCGAGAGCAUAUUGCAGUUCACCAAGGAUUCCAGCUAUGGCACUACCAUAGCCAACGGGCUGCUGGAUAUACUCACCAAUGGUGAGCAUAGCAAAUCCCUGGAUGAACUCUACAACAUGCAACUGCAGAGAUACGAGCAGCGGGAGAUUGAGAAGUGCUUCACCAACCAGCAGCAGCAGCGGCAGAGCGAACCUUCCACCUCCAACGAGACGAGCGAACAAAUUGAAUUGGAGUACGAGAAAUACAAGAACACCCGGCUAGACUUUAAGCGGCUGCGCUCGCUCAAGGAACUGGGCAUUGACAUUGACUUCCUAGAUGACAUGGAAACGGACAUGAAGAACUUUGAGCUGUCGCGUCGCAUGCAGGAGCAUCUGAGCAACAAUCUCACGCUCAUCGACAAACUGAGAAUCAUUCAAAACGAGCGCCUCUCACAGCCGCUGCCAUCGCACUUGGCUCUGGUUCAGCCGGCUGGCCAAGAGGAGACCCAGACAGCCCAGCAGCUGACGCACCAGUUGACUGACCUGGCCAAGAAGCUGCCUCCCUCGGCCAUUGCCGAUCAGUACGCUCUGCGCAAAGCCAUGGGCAUGUCCUACGCUGGUUUGCCGCCACCGCCGGCAUCAUCGCCGCGUGCUCAACUCCCGGAGCUGCUGCAACAGCCCGUGUCGCUGUCCCAACUGCAACCUCAACCGCAAUCUGUUGCCAGCCAUGUGCCCAUGGACAUUGAUGAGCCGGAUGUCCAUGCUGGCGGCGAUCUGGAGAAUGAACUGCGCGAGUUUCUGGAAAGCGGCUCCGGAAUGCACAACUCGAAUCCCGUGGAUGACAAUAACAUCGUCGCCCAGCUGCUUCUUAACUAGAUUCAACAAUGUUAAUACUGUGAAGAUCAAAAUGAACUAUGUUAAAUUAUUUUCAUAUAUCAAAAUCACAAUGGCAUUCUCAAUAAUAAAAAGGAAUCCUUAAUCUCUAA